ACAAUUCAAUAUGAGUGGAAAAAAAGAACAAAAAUCUGAUACUUCAAAGAAAGCAGAGAAAAUGAUAGACAGUCAUCGAGAAUUUUUAGAUAUGGAUACUGACGAAGAAGAUUUCGGGCGCCAAGAAUCACCUGAGGUCGAGGAGGAACUACCUGUAGAACCCGAGAAACCAGUGUUCAGUGACGAUGACUUAAUUAUCUUAAUAAACCACGUGAAAGAUUUAACGAUGUAUACUUGUCCAAAAGUUGGAUGGAAUGAACAAUCCAAUGAUACAAUUGAAGAGUAUUUUAAAAAUCCAACGCACACCGUGCUAAGUACUUUCUUUGAGAAAAAUGAAUUAAACGCUACGUUAAAUAUUGCAACGCACGUAUCCACAGGAUUUACAUAUUUCUUAAGAUCACCAUGGCAAAUUUAUACGCCAGAAAAUUUUUUAAACACCGUUUCAUUUGGGAGCAUCAGUAAUAAUGUCAAAAGCAACAUUUUGAAAUUUAUGGAUAAUAUGUAUGCACCAAGUAUUCUCUACAGUGACGAUUAUGAAUCAUUUUUAAGAAAUGAUAUUUUCUCAAAUUUACACCAAUUUAUUGCAUUUCUAAUGGAAGAGGUUUAUAAACCAUUGAGUCUGACUGCGUUAUACGUACCAAAGGAACGUCUUCUUCACACCGUUUCGAAAUUAUCGAGAGAGACUAUUUAUUUUCUAUUGGGAACAAAUGAAACGGCAGUUUUGUCUGAAGAAGAUGAAUCUAAACGAAAAUUAAUAGAAAGAUUAGACAGAGUAGUAUGGUUCUGGAUUCGACAAAUUCGUAAAACAACGAUAGGGUCGACAAGACAGAAAAUUGAGAAUAUACAGGAUGAAGUUGAUUAUUGGAAAGCAAAGCACUCAAACUUUAAUCAUUUACGAACUCAACUUCUUAAUCCGGAAGUUCGAUUAAUCAUCGAUAUAUUGGAGAAUUUGAAUUCUCCGACUGCACGCAAAUUAAACGAGUUAACAGCGCAAAUCGAUAGAGGAUUAAAAGAAUCGUCAUCCAAUGUAACAUACUUGAACGUAUUACGCGAUUUCUGUAAAGACUUAAAAGUUCCAGAAGAUGCAAAAAAUUCCGUGAUGGACGCGUUGCUAUUAAUAUUACUUAUCUGGACUGAAUCACCGUUCUACUCUACAAUAAGUAAUAUGGAAAUAUUAUGUCAAGCAUUAAGCUCACAAAUAAUGCAUCAGUGUAAAAACUAUGUUGACUUGGAUGUUGCUCUUAGAAAAAACCCUGAAGUAGGAAUACAGAUGUUGGAAAAAUGUAUAUUUUAUUGUGAUAAUUAUCAAACCAUUUAUGAUAAUUUUGUAAUUAAUCUAAUACCUCAUAUCAGUAAUGAUAAAAAAUGGGAAAUACGGAGACAAGAAGUUUUUAAUAAAAUUGAUAUUUUUAAACAAAGAUGCCAUGACGUAAUUGAAAUUUGCAAAGCGUUAAUAGUGUUCGGAAGGAAUAAUAAAAUUGGUUUAAUUGGAGGCCCAAAGGGGACCGAUUACGAGGCAUAUUGGCGAGAAAUUGAAACUUCGUUCUAUGAAAGCUUAAAUGAAAUUAUAAUAGUUCGUGAUGUUAUAUUCAACGUUACAAAAUCCGUUUGGCUCAGAAAGAUUAAACAAUUUAGGUAUACGGUUCUACAGCUAGAAAACAUGGUGAUAAAUUUAAUUAACGAUAUGUUCGAGAACGUAUCGAAUGUAGAAGAAGGUAUCGAGGCGAUUUAUGCUCUGCAAAAAUUUAAAAAAAGAAACAGUUUACAAGAAGUGUUGCAUAACAAGUGGACACAGAUAUGGAUAAUGUUUAGCAAUGACAUUGAACGUUGUUAUGUCGACGCGAUUAAACAGUCGAAGAAAAAGACUGAUAUUGAUGCCAGUUUAUCAUGUGUUUCGCAAUACUUGAAGAGUCAACAUUCUCUAAUCACAAAUGCAAUAGAUUGGAUAGGAGAAAGUGACAUGGAAAAGUGCGUGUUGCAACAAUAUGAACAUGUAUUAGAUGUACUUGACAAGAGAAGAAAGAUGUUUAACAUUCACAAUACAAACGGAACGCUAUUGUAACGGAAGCUUCGAAGUAUCGGAAAUGGA